GAAAUUAGGAGAAGAAAGAGGCGGGGGGUCUAUUUCCGCAUUUCAAACACUCGUGAAGGGUCUCUCCCUCCUCUCUCUUCCCUCUCUUUGUUUUUUCCCUAAUAUGGAAGGCGAAGAGGGGCCCGCCGACGCAGCCAUCGUCGCCGUCGCCGUCACCACCGCCGACUCCACUGCACCGUCUCCGCCCAACGACUCCGAUGUCUCGCCCGUUGGAUCCCCCGAUCACGGCGCGUCCUCCGAGAUUCUACGGUUGCCGUCCGACGACGACCCCGAUCAAUCGGCCGGCGGUGCUCUCACCGAGGAUCUUAAACAAAAGAUUAUCAAGCAGGUGGAAUAUUACUUUAGUGAUGAAAAUUUGCCUAAUGACAAAUACAUGUUGAGUUUGAUUAAAAAGAACAAAGAAGGUUUUGUUCCUAUUUCGGUUAUUGCGUCCUUCAGAAAAAUGAAAAAGCUUAUUCAAAACAACUCGUUAAUAGUGGCUGCUUUGAAGGACUCUUCCCUCCUUGUUGUGAGUUCGAAUGGGAAGAAGGUGAAACGACUUCAUCCUCUACCAUUACCUGAAACAAGGGAUCCAAAGUUCACUGUUUUGGUAGAGAAUCUACCAACUGAUCAUUCAGUGGAGAACCUUAAGAAAAUGUUUAGCGAAGCUGGAAAUAUAAAGGAUAUAUGCAUACUUGACCCAAGUGCCAUAGAGGCAUCUGCAAAAGGCGGCAAGGUUGAGAAGCCAAUCAGUAAUAAGUUGCAUGCUCUUGUAGAGUAUGAUACCGUGGAGGCUACUGAGAAAGCUGUUGCUAUUUUAAACAAUGAGGAAGAUUGGAGAAAUGGCAUGCGGGUGAAGCUUCUUAAGCAGAUGGGUAAGUACGGGCAGAGUGGACAAAGAAGACAAUCCCGCAGGGGCUUUGAUUCAGAGAAGAGUAGCAGUAGUCGAACAUCUGAAACAGGGAUCGAGGAGACUCAUAAUGCAAACGAACAUCACAAUGGUACACCUGACGAAGAGGAUGGAGGAGACCAAGUGCCCAAGGAGAAAACUGGGCACAGGGGUCGAAGUCGAGGGCAAUCUGGUAGGCAGAAGUAUCGUGGCCUCAAUGGUUUUGGCCACGGAACUACCUCAUCUAGUCAUCCAAUUGAACCUUCAAAGCCACCACCUGGCCCUAGAAUGCCUGAUGGAACUAGGGGAUUCACAAUGGGACGAGGCCGGACUCCAGUGCCGAAUCAGAGUUAACACGGGAUUUGUUGUCAGAUGAAGAUGUAUCUUUUGUUUAAUUCCUUUACCACUGAGAACUGGUAAUCCGAAUUGUGAAUACUCAUGCUGGGGGAGUGUUUUGAAUAGUCGUCAAUGGAUAUUGGUAUUUCCAUCCAGAUGUCAAUAGAUAUCCGUUCUGUUUU